AUGGUUGAUAACGCGAGUAUAGCAACUAAAUCCGCCCUGCAAGCCUCGUUCUCGUCCGCCGGCAGCCUUCCCCUCCAGGCUCCCUCCGCCUCCUCUCACGGCCCGUUCCCCGGCGCCCAGUCCCACCAGCAGCCCCCCGGCGGCGGCAUGAAGCUCGAGGCCGUCAUGGAGAACCUGCAGCGGCAGCAGGCGGCGCGGCUGGCCCUGGAGGAGAAGCUCCGUCAGGCGGAGACGGAGAAGGACCUCCGCUCCAUGGUGGAGUCCCAGAUACACCAGCAGGCGCUGGCUUUCCGCCACUACCAGGCGGCGAUGCGCGGCGCCCUGGCCGCCGGGGUCGCCAACGACGUGUCCCCCGGAGCGACGCUCCAGCGCGCCGAGGAGGACGGGAACUCCUCCAGGGCGGGGAGCGACGGCCGGGAGCGGGACGAGGAGGGGGACGACGUGGACGAGCAGGAGGUCAUGGACGAAGACGAGGAGGGCGAAGACGACGUCGGCUUGCACCACUACGACGACCGGCAUCCGUCGCUCCGCGGGGCCGGUCCGCCUCCGAGGGGCGUCCCGAUGCACCUCAUGGCCCGCGUGCCGGCGGCCUUCGCCCCGGGCCGGCGCGCGGAGUCCCCCUCAGCGCACGCUCAGCCGCCGCAGCACGACUGGACCUACGAGGAGCAGUUCAAACAGUUGUAUGAAUUGGAUGACGAUGAAAAGCGCAAAGAGUUUCUCGAUGACCUUUUCAGUUACAUGCAGAAACGGGGGACUCCAGUGAAUCGGAUUCCUAUCAUGGCCAAGCAGGUGUUGGAUCUCUACAUGCUCUACAAGCUCGUCACGGAAAAGGGCGGCUUAGUGGAGGUCAUCAAUAAGAAAAUAUGGCGCGAGAUCACCAAAGGCCUUAACCUCCCUACCUCCAUCACCAGUGCAGCUUUCACUCUCCGAACGCAGUAUAUGAAGUACCUCUACCCGUAUGAAUGUGAAAAGCGGGGACUGAGCUCCCCCGGAGAGCUUCAGGCAGCUAUCGACAGCAACCGGCGGGAAGGCCGCCGGCAGAGCUACGGCUCGGCCAUCUUCAACUACUCCCCCGUGGGCCCCCCCUCCAUGCUGUCCUCACCAAAGAUGCACAUGUCCCACGUGUCCAUGCCCACUCACAACAGUGGCCAUAUCUCACAUGUGCCUGUGAUCAAGAAAGAAGAGCCCCUCUUCGGCGGCUGCCUGCCCAGCCGGGUGGCGCUCCCCAUGUCGCCCAGCGGGCAACACGCAGCGGCCAUGGCCACCCAGGCGGCGGCGGCUCAGGCGGCGGCGGCCGUCCAGGCGGCGGCCCUGGAGCAGCUCCGGGAGAAGCUGGAGAGCGGCGAGCCGCCGGAGAAGAAGAUGAUGACGGUGGCCGAGGAGCAGCAGAGGAUCAUGCAGCACGCCCUGCAGCAGAACCUGCUGGCCAUGGCCACCCAGCUGCCCGUCAACAUAAAGGUCAACAGCAGAGAUGAUAGACAAGAGACCGCAUUGAACCUGUCUACCAGCGGCAUUAGCAGCAUCAACAUGUCAAUAGAAAUAAAUGGAGUUGUCUACACAGGCGUCCUGUUCGCCCGGCAGUCGGCCAUAGCGGCGAUGGCGGGACACCGCGGGAGACACGGCGACCGACAGACUCAGGGGAGGAGCAGUCCCUCCCAGUUUCAGCCCUCCUGCUCCUCCUCCUCUUCCACAUCCUCCUCCUCGUCCUCCCUCCACGGACACAGAAACCCCUCCCCCUGAGUUUCCUGUUCCCCGAUCAGCCCCCUCCGACCCCGACCCCCCCCCCAAAGACACCGCGCAGUCGGCCAAUCAUCAGCGAGAGCCACAUUCAAGUCGUCGUGGAAGGUGGUUUUCUCUCCAAACCAAAUCCAUCCGAUUCCUCGUAGGCCGGCUAUUAACAGCCCCCCCCCCCCCCCCCCCCCCCUCCGCCCUUCUCCUCAUGCUUAUUGUGUUUCAAGGACAUUUAACCCUCGUGUAUCGUCAGAGACAUCCGGCGCACGCAGACAUUUUCAGAAGCACAUCAGCUCAAGGUGCGACCCGGAAGACGAAGCACUCUCGCGCUCCAUUUCAAUCCAAGGACCGUCAGCAAGAAACAACGCAGUGUUUCUCCUUUCACCAGACUGCGUCCGCCCCCCUCGAGGUCGUAACCUUGGUCGUCUUCACGCCAAGUUUCAUAAGAUCACGGCUCACAACUGAUACCAAAGAAGGAAACCAACCCAUCCCCGCGGCAACGAUCAAACCGGGAGCAGCGAGCGCAUGCAGAGUCAGCACGAGUCCUGCAGACACGCCGGUGUCUCACAAUCAUAUCGUGUCUCAAAUAGCGAGCCGGAAAGAAUGACAGACAAUCAGCUACUCGUUAGCUCACGUGCACACGCACAUAGCUGCGUCCACCCAAUCCCAUAAUAUACAUAACUAAUACCAAAUAUCACAACCCAAACGACCUGUCGAGAAGUCAGAUGUAUCGAAACAACGUCUUCUUACUCCCAACUCAUCAGAUGACUGGACGGUCUGGACGCACAAGUUAGACAAACACAGGACACAGGACGUGACCACGUCAUCAGAGAUGAAAUCAUGUAAAAAGUCACAGAGACGUUCACAGCCUGAAUACCUCCAAUACGGCCACUUGGCCGCCCACAGGAAGCGCUGAAAGCGCUGGGAAAACCGAUGUGCUUACUGUCGCCAGGCAACCGGAACCUGACCCCUGCAACACGCGGUAGAACCGACGAAAGUAACAAUCCAAAGUCCGAGGUUUGGCUUUUUGGCACCGUGAAUCGCCGUAGCUCGACCGCUUGAUCCAAAACCAGUUCCAACCACAAGGACACGUUGGGCCUCAUUCACCAACACCUUCCUGUUAUUACUUACAUUUGUUUUAAGAAAGGAGAAAUAUUUCAUUUUAAAGUAGAACGAACGAAAGCGGUAUAACUAACUGUUUUGCGCAAACAUUGUCAGCUCUCAAUUGUGUGUAAGAGUGCUCUUGGUUGUUCUUACUCAAGAACAAAUCCCAAUUAAGAAAACAUUGGUGAAUGCCAGAAUCUUUGUGAAAACUGUGUGAGGGUGGGGAUUAAGCACACAUUUGUUCUUAUUAACAUUUGGUGAAUGAGGCCCAUUGCUCUUUACACAGAGUACUUUUUCAUUAGAAAAUGUCGUAUUAUUUCGUAACACGUUUCAUACACUUUCGUAGUUCCUGAUCUCUCGGCCUCCGCGCUGCAUCAGACUGUGCGCAGGCUUGAAUUGAGGUUGCGCAUCAGCGCUUUCAUCAUCCAUUUCAGUAAAUAUUGCGAUCGACACCAUUGCUCCACCGGCACGGUCAGAAAUGCCGGCGCAGUGCGGACGAUUGCGUCGCGUCUUUGCGGACACCUCCCGCAACGCACAUUGAGUAAAAGCCGGGACCCCCGGCCGUGCAGAAAGGGGUCUGAUAACGCCAUCGGACGCGUGAGAAGCACAAUGCAGGCGGGGCGGAGGCCUUUCGGAGCGGCAUUGAGUUCAUAACAGACACGGGGGCGACAGAAAGAGUCGAGCACUUCGGCCUGGAAGGCAGCAAGUGAGCAGGAAUACAGGAAGUGACAAAGAGACUUGUAGUCUGCAGGAAGCCGGCAGCAGUCACCCAGUACCUUUGUCUGCUUGUCUUUUUAGUAAUGCACUUGUGUCCAACAUCAGAGCUUCUCCCUCUUCCAUUUUUUUUUCUUUCUUUCUUUCCCUUCGUAAAUAUAUCAAAGAUUUUCUUUAUCGUGAAGGGGAAUGGGAACCGGUUUGAAGGUAUAUGGAUUUCUAUCGAGUCUGUUAAAGCAUUUAUUUGCAGAUUUUAUUUAUUGUGUUUUUUCUAUUGGACCCUGAAAACGUCGCAUUCGGCUCCACCGCAUUGUUUGCAAACCCUUUUUAAGAGCCCUCUUGAAUGCAGAUACCUCACCUAUCUACCUGUACAUAGUCAUAGUAUAGUAUGAAUACAAGAUAUACCUCAUGAAUUUCUUUUAUUUUGUAUUGUACAGCCACCUGAAAACCAAUGUUUUACUUCAACAGAUCACUGGAUUUUUCUUUUCUUCUUUUUUUUUUUCAUAUAUAUAUUUUUUUCACAUUUUGUUUAUGACAAUUAUACCAAAGAAGGGAAUAUUUUAUUGACACACAUCUACCUCAUUUGUUAUAGACUGCCAACAAGCAUGUCCACAAUCUUGAUUGCCAGUGUGUUCGUGGUGUUUCAUAUCCGUGUGUUUGUGGACACAAAACGCUUUCAAGUCUAACGUAGAAAAAAGAGGAAGAACCCGAUAGAUUAGACCAAAGAAUGAAGCGCGAACGUGUUCACAGUGCUUUUUACGUUGGGUGUUGUGCCGGCGCAACAAAACAGCCUUUUUUGUGGGACGCUUAUGAAAAACCUGUCGUAUCUGCAUGAAAACAUGGGUGUUCGGUCCGGGGGGACGACAGCACGUGGCAGCGAUGGACGCGAUGGUCCUUAAACCAGCACGUGGGGCUCGUGCAGCAGUUUUCUCUCCAGGUUUCUCCUCUAACUUUUACUAGUUUAACUAGUUCGGCAGUAGUAGAUGCAGAGGCACAAAUCAUUCGCUAAAAAAACUCUUUCUCAACCAAAGACUAGAAAACUCCUGAUGUGUUUUGCCCACAAACUGAGACGUUUUUUAUGGAUUUGUUUCCGUUUCCCAUUCAGCUUUUUGACCUUAAAACACACUGCAUGUGUUGGUCACUUCUCUAUGAGAACCAACUUUAAGGAUCCUUUACUCACUUCUCAGAGAUGCCGUCUUCCCCCGUCGGACUUUUCACCCAGAUGUUUUCAGAGUUCUCCAUGUAAACAAUGCCCGUCUAGUUCGGGGACACAAACCGCCCCCACCCUGAUUCACCGAUUCACUGGCGAUGAAGCGAACGGAAUAUUGUGUGACGGUGUGCAGCUGUUGACGUUGAAAUUGCACACAAGCGUGCAGCAGAGGACAAUCGACUGAGCUGUCGUGGGCGGUCGCGCUUUAUGAUUCUCACGUUUACUUGAAAUGUGUUCUUUAACAAUCAGACCCUGCAGGUGGACGCGGAGAGAGUCGCGUCCUCGCACGCAAACACUGGAAACCAUGACACCAACUCGCCGUCCACGGACUCGUGUCUGAAAAGCAGCUGGACCAGACAGAUGUUCGUCCUCCCUCAGCAGACGUGCAAAGCGGGAGAAGUUCAGACGUCCGUGUCGGGGCCCGUCAGCCGAUUGUUCGUUAGCCGUUCUAAUUGUUCAACUGUCAAAACUGCAACUACCAUGUGGAAAAAUACUUGGUUAUGUUUAGGAUCCUGGUUAGCCUUCAAAUAGCUAUUUAUUAGGUGAAACAGCCACGUUUUGUUUGUGGCACAACGUGCAUGAGUGUUGUUAAGUACAAAACUUCAAUGACAAAAGAACAGUUAAAUGUCGGCAUUUGCUUUUGGACGUACAUGGGACAUGAACAGAGGUCUCCUGGCGGGACGUCCUGUCAUCGGCAUACAGCAUGUGGUGGUGAGGGCAUGUGAAUCGGCUCCUGACGCACAUCCAGGAGGGGGGUGACACCCGAGGGGGCGCACGGCCUCCAGCAAACCAAAACUACCGUAGAAUUGUGGGGAUUAUGUUUCAUCGUAUCAAAGGUUCCACCCCCCCUUCCCAAAGAGAGGGUGCCCCAGGAUCCUUCAGGCCGGCAUUUCCUACUUCCUUCAUCAUCCUGUCUCACACUCUGUAAAGACAGUCCCCCCCCGACCCCCCCGUUCACACACUGCUGAAUGAGGACGGGACACUUUCAGACGACUGUUAGAGCCGCAGCACCGAAUUACUGGCGUUCUUCUCACCAAAGACUUUUUCAUGUUGUGACCACGCUCAUUUUUGGGGCGGGGGGGGGGUUUGGGGGAGGUGGGGGUCAUAACUAACAGCAGAGCAGACGAGCGAAGAGAAAGCGACAGCUCUGCAUGCAAAAAAAAAAAGAAAAGAAUUGACUUGUGUAAUCAAAUAACAUGUUUCCUUUGUAUUAUGCUAUGCUGGUAGUUUUUAGACACUAAUCGCUUUAUUAGCUGUGUAUGAGGCUUUAAAUGUUUCUUUUAUUUCCCUUUUCGUUCAUUGGAUAAAUCCAGUGCAUUAUGGGAAUGCUGGAUUGUGGUGCUCAGGGGUUCAAAAUUUACAAAAAAAAAGAGGUGAAAGAGAUUUUCCCGUUUGACUUGUAGCGUAUUUAGAAAUAAAAAUGAUGCUUUUAACUUCA